AUGAAUCAAAACACCAACACCAAACUCAAUAAAUUCAUUUGUAGCAAAUGUUAUUGUGAUGAUCAAAAGCUGAUUCACAAUAUCUUUUAUCGAAGCCAAUACCAAAGGUUAUGCACAUCAUGUGUUCUUUUUACAUGCAAAGAGUUUUUUUGCCCCACCUGUUUUGGUGUCCAUGGUUUGAUUACACAGGGAACACUCAUCACCUGUCGAAGAUGUAAUUCUAAAUCUCAUCCCCUCUACUUCUCCUCUAACCCUAGUCCCCCAGGAGGACCUCCGAUGUGUGCAUCUUGUGUGAACCCUGAGAAACUGAUUUUUAACCCUAAGGGGUUGAGAAUGAAAGGGGUUGAUCGGGUUGUGAAGCUGAUUGGUGACAAGGCGAUUGUUUUGUUCUUGACAGCAGCAAAGGUAGGGGGUCUUUUGAUGUGUGGGGUAAGUGAGGAAUUAGACUAUGAUGGUGGGAUGCUAGUAACAGAAACUGUUAUCGAACAUAAAAAAGCAAUAUUGGGGGGUGAUUCGUGCUAUGAGAGAUCAUGA